AUGGAUCAACAAAUUCAACAAGCAGUAGAGAUUGCCUUAAGUGGUACUGCUGAUCCAAAUUUGAAAAAUCAAGCUUAUGAAUUCAUCAAUCAAAUCAAAUCUACUGAAGAAGGUUAUAAAUCAUGUAUUGAUAUCUUAUUAAAAUCGAGGGAAAAUAAUGAUAUUAAUGAUGGAUUAAAAUUUUUCAUUUAUCAGGUUAUUGAAGAAAAUAUGUCAAAAUUAAAUAAUGACGAAUUGAUUAAUUUAAAAAAUACAUUAUUUCAAAUAUUAAAUUCAAUCAUUUCAAAUAAUUUAAAUGAUGCUGCUUACUUAAAGAAUAAAUUAUCUACUUUAUUUGCUUCAUUAUUUUGCUACACUUAUUUAGAAUUAUACCCAAAUUUCUUGAAAGAUUUAUUAAAUUUAUGUCAAUCUUUUACUAAUCCUUUAAUUUUAGAUUAUUAUUCUAGAAUUGUAAUUUCAAUUCAUUAUGAAAUUGGUGAUAAAUUUAUUUCAAGAUCAUCUUUCUUACAAAAUCGUAAUAAUUUAUUAAAGGAUUCAAUUAGAUUAAAUGAUAUGAAUCAAUUAGUGGAAAGUUGGUAUAAAAUCUUACUUAAUGAUUCAAUUAAUGAUGAUAUUUUAAAUAAUACUUUAAAAAUUAUUGGCCAAUAUAUUGAAUGGAUGGAAAUUAAUUUGUUUAUUUCAAAUGACUAUUUAAAUAAUAUUUUGAAAUUUUUAAAAUUUCCAAAUGAAAGAAAUCAAUGUUGUAUUACUUUAAUUGAAUUAAUUUCUAAAAAAAUGAAACCUUCAAAUAAAAUUGAAUUAAUUAGUUUACUUGAUUUAACUAAUAUAAUUGAUUCUAUUAAAAAUAAUAAUGAUGAUGAUUUAGAAUUUAUCGAAAAUUUAUCAAAAUUAUCAAACCAGAUUGGUAUAGAAUUAAUAAUCGCUUUAGAAAAUGACUCAAGUUUAUUCAAUAAUAUCAAUUUGAUUUUUUUAAAAUUAUGGCCAUUAAUUUUAGAGUUUUUAAGUCAUGAAUAUGAUGAUAUUUCUCAACAAGUUUUCACCUUUAUUCAAAACUAUUUAUUACUUUGUAAAAAAAUUAAUCAAUUAAUCUCAAUUGAUUUAUUAUCAACUUUAUUAAAUAAAGUUAUCUUGAAAAUGAAAUUUGAUCCUGAUGAUGACGGUUUCGAAAUUGAUGAACAAUUUAAUGAAAUAAGAUCAAAAUUAAAAACUUUUCAAGAUACAAUUGCUGUUUUAACCCCUGAAUUGUAUAUUGAAACUUUACCAAUGAUUAUUGAACAAUCCUUAUUUAAUAAAAAUUUUUCCGAUAUUAGUAAUGACCCUUCGAACUCUAAUGACACUUUAAAUAAUUGGAUUAAUAUUGAAUUAGGAUUUUAUGAAUUAAAUAAUUUUGGUGAAUCUUUGAAAAAUAAUUUAAUUAAUUUACCGAAAAAUGAAAUUUAUACUUCAAAACCUUAUCAACUUUUCCAAAAUUUCUUAAUCAGAUUAAUUGAAAACUACGAUAAAAUUUUAAUUAUUAAUCAUCCAAAAAUUCAAUCCUUUUAUUAUGAAAUUGUCGUUCGUUUUUAUAAUUUAAGAUCAAUUAAUAAUGAUGUUUCUUUAAAAAUUUUGGAAAGUUUUACCAAUCAAUUUGGUCUUUUCAAUAAUUUAGAAGCAGUUAGAAUUAGAAUUUGGUAUUUAUUUUUUAAAUUUAUUAAACAAACUAAACCUUUAAUUGAUGAUAUCACUUUAGAGAAUUUAUUAAUUAAAAUUCAACCAUUGUUAAUUAUUGAAGCCCAAUUACCAACUAAAGAUGAGGAUGAUGAAAUUAUUGAAAAUGGGCAAUUUAAUAAUCAAUUAUAUUUAUUCGAAUCAAUCGGUUUAUUAAUUACUAUUAUUAAUAAUAAAGAGUUAACUUAUAAAUUGAUUGAUUUGAUUUUUCAACCAUUAUUUGAUAAUUUACAAAACUGUAUUACCAGUGAAGAUAAAUUAAUUAAUCCUUUAAUUCCUUUGCAAGCACAUCAUUCCUUAAUGGCAAUUGCUACAAUUGUUCGUGGAUUCGAAACAGAACUUUCUCCAGAUUUAAUUAAUAAAAUCAACAAUGCAUCUCAGGUUGUUUUAAUUACUUUAGAAAAUUUUAACAAAUUUGAAAUUGUUAGAGAAGCUUCAAGGUUUUCAUUUUCAAGAUUUUUACCAAUUUUACAAAAUGAAUCAAAUAAUCACUUAAGUAAAUUAAUUAGUUUAAUAAUGGCUACUCCAAAUCUUAAAAUUAAUGAAUUAAGUGAUUUUUUAAGUUUUAUUGGUCAAAUCAUUCAUCAAUUUAAAAAUAAUGAUAAUAUUUAUCAAUUACUAAAUGAUUUAUUAUCUCCAGUUAUUAAUAAAAUUUAUGAAUUAUUAAAUAUUAAUGAUGAAUAUCCUGAUUUAGUUCGUGAUAAGUAUAAUUUGAAAAAAUCUUUCAUGACAUUCAUUAGUGUUAUCAUUAUUAAUAAUCAAACAUCCCUUUUAAUCACUGAAACUAAUAAACAAAAUUUCCCAAGAAUAUUGACAAGUUUUGUUGAAUACGCUUAUGAUUUAUCUCAACCUUCCGUUAGUAAAUUGGCUAUUGCUCAAUUAAUUAAUGUGAUUACAGUCAUUGGUGGUAAUAAUGGAAAAUUAAAUGAUUCAAAAGACAAAUACUGUAAUACUUUACCACCUAUUGAAGGUAUCGAUGAAUUUUUGAUGGAUACUUCCGUUAAAUUAUCAUUUGAAUUACCAUUUUCUAAACCAGAAUUCGAUUUAAAAGAUGCAGAAUUCAGAAACAUCGCAUUAGAAUUAUCAAUUUUAUUGAAAACUUAUGAACAACGACAACAAAAUCAAGAGUUUUUGACAUUUUUAGUUAAUUACUUAAAUAAUAUGGGUAUGAGCCAAGAUGCCCUCAAUUCUUUAGGUUCUAAUUUGGUUAAAUUAGAUCAAAGAGAAUUCAAAAAGUAUUUCAUUAAUUUUUUAACUGAACUAAAGAAAUAA